CCGCGAGGGAGCGCGGGAAAUCCCGAGUGCGUCUGGAAUCCGCUGGUCUCUGGGACCAUGGCCACCUCGUCCGUGUCCAAGGGCUGCUUUGUGUUUAAGCCAAACUUCAAGAAGAGAAAGAUCUCUGUGCCAGUAGAGGACUAUUUUAAUAAAGGGAAAGAUGAGUCUGAGGACAGUAAACUUCGAUUUGAAACUUACCAGUUGAUAUGGCAGCAGAUGAAAUCUGAAACUGAGCGACUACAAGAGGAAUUAAAUAAAAACCUGUUUGACAGUCUAAUCGAAUUUCUGCAAAAGUCUCAUUCUGGGUUCCAGAAGAAUUCAAGAGACUGGGGCUGUCAAAUAAAGCUCAGAGAAAUUCCAACUGCUGCUCUUGUUCUAGGUGUGAAUGUAACAGAUCAUGAUUUAACAUUCAGAAGUCUAACAGAAGUCCUUCAGAAUAAUGUCACUCCGUAUGUAGUCUCAUUACAAGCUAAAGAUUGUCCAGAUAUGAAACAUUUUUUGAAAAAGCUGACCUCACAGUUGAUGGACUGCAAUAUGGAUGUGCAAUCCAAAGAGAAAGAAAGUGUUCAGGUCACCCAGAAAAAGACACAUUAUUCAAUGGAUUCUCUUUCCAAUUGGUAUAUGAAUGUCACACAGAAGACAGACCCAAAAAUGCCAAGAAAAAAGAGGACUUCUAGCCAAUGGCAGUCUCCUCCUGUUGUGCUUAUCUUAAAGGAUAUGGAAAGCUUCACCACAAAAGUACUCCAGGACUUCAUAAUUAUCAGCAGUCAGCAUCGACAUGAAUUUCCACUUAUACUCAUUUUUGGAAUUGCGACAUCUUCUAUUAUCAUCCAUCGGUUGCUUCCUCAUGCAGUAUCAUCUCUAUUGUGUAUAGAACUAUUCCAGUCUUUGUCUUGCAAGGAGCAUCUGAAUACAGUACUUGAUAAGCUACUUCUUACAACUCAGUUUCCAUUUAAACUAAGUGAAAAAGUGUUGCAGAUUUUGACCAACAUCUUUUUGUAUCAUGACUUCUCAAUUCAGAACUUUAUAAAAGGACUUCAGCUUUCUCUGUUGGAGCAUUUCUGUUCCCAGCCCCUCAGUGUUCUGUGCUGUAAUCUUCCAGAAGCCAAGAGAAGAAUAAAUUUUUUGUCAGAUAAUCAAUGUGAAAAUAUCCGACGUCUUCCAUCGUUUAGGAGGUAUGUGGAAAAGCAAGCUUCAGAAAAGCAAGUUGCACUGUUGACCAAUGAGAGAGUUUUGAAGGAGGAAACACAAUCAUUACUAGAAAACCUGCAUGUUUACCAUAAGAAUUACUUCCUGGUUUUGAGAUAUCUUCAUCAGUUCACCUCUUCUCUUCCCAAGUACCCAUUGGGUCGACAGAUCAGAGAGCUAUACUGCACAUGUUUAGAAAAGAACGUGUGGGAUUCAGAGGAGUAUGCGUCAGCCUUGCAGCUGCUGAGGAUGUUGGCAAAGGAUGAACUGAUAUCCAUACUUCAGAAAUGUUUCAAGGUUUUUAAGUCCUCUUCUGAAAAGCAGCUUGGCAGCUCAGCAAAGAAAAUAGAAGAGUUCCUGGCCCAGUUUCAGAGCCUUGAUGCAGAAGCCAAAGAGGAAGAAGAUACGCCUGGGUCACAGUCAAAGGGGCUUCAGAAGACAGACCUCUAUCAUCUUCAGAAGUCCUUACUGGAAAUGAAGGAGUUAAGAAGAACAAGUAAGAAGCAGACCAAAUUUGAAGUCCUCAGAGAACAAGUUGUGAACUUCAUUGACGGUCUGGUGAGGGAAUGCCUCCUGCCCCCAGAGACACAGCCGCUGCACGAGGUGGGGUACUUCAGCGCGGCCCACACCCUGCGCGAGCGCCUGAACGCCGCCCCACGGGUUGCUCUCCACACCGCGCUCAACAACCCGUAUUAUUAUCUCAAGAAUGAAGCACUGAGAAGUGAAGAAGGCUGCAUUCCAAAUGUGGCCCCAGACAUCUGCAUAGCAUACAAACUGCACCUAGAGUGUAGCAGGCUGAUCAACCUUGUGGACUGGUUGGAGGCUUUUGCAACAGUUGUGACAGCUGCUGAAAAAAUGGAUGCAAAUUCUGUAACCUCAGAAGAAAGGAAUGAAAUUAUCCACCUCCAGUGCUCGGUUUAUUAGAGCUGUUUCUGAACUAGAACUUUUAGGAUUUAUAAAACCUACCAAACAAAAGACUGACCACGUGGCAAGGCUAACAUGGGGAGGCUGCUAGAAAGCAAAUGAGUGAAGCCAGAAGGAUAACAGCUUAAGAGAAAAAGGAGGCCAGGGGCACUUACACAUCACUGAGGAAGAGGAAUGUGCAAUCCCUAUGUGAUGUUUAAACAGAAAAGUCAACUGCUUACCCCACAGAGGACUCUAUCAAAACACCUCGGGAGUACUUUAGACUCCAGCAAAUAACACGCUGCCAUUGUAACAUUCUGUCAGAGUGUCACUGUUAUUUUCAAAGCCAUUAAGGAAUUAUAAACAAAUUGUUCUUAAACAGGUAUGAUGUAUAAGUGUAACAAUUCCUUUGUCCAGGAGUAUCAGUAAUCUGCAGUUGAUUUAACUGUACUUGUUCCUGCUCCCCCAUUUCUUGCACUGGCGUUCCUCACUUUAGUAAACGAGGUGAUAAGAUGAAUAUUCUGCCGGCUUAUUUCUCCUGGUGACUGCAUAGGUUCUAAAACCGCCUCUGCUGCCCCAUUUCCUGGCCUUACAACUUUAAAAGUCCUGAGUUGUUUGGCUUUAUGCUUAAACGCAGUGAAGAUUCUACCUCAGGAUGACCCAUCAUGGAGUCUGAGAGCCUCUAAGGCCUUCUCAGAUCACAUCAACUUUAUCAAAACCCAGAUGAAUAAAGUAAGGCUCAGGUGGAAUGACAUCUGAAUCUCUCCCAUGACAGCAACUAUUCAAUACGAUGAAACAAACCUCAAGUUCAUUAUUUAAUGUUCUAUUUCCAAGAGAAUUAUGGGAUGUGUCUUCAAGUAUACUCAAUCACAUACCAAAAUUACCAUGCAAAUAUGACCAGGAGGGAAAAAAAAGUCCAAAUUCAGUAAAGACCAUUUUGGUCGCAAAUCUUAGAACUAUGUACCGGCAAGCCUUUGUGUGUGUGUGUGUGUGUGCGCUCUGAGGACAAAUUUAAUGUAUAAUUGUUUUAAAAUUUAAUAUAUAAUUUAAACCUCAUUAAUUCUGGAGUGUAAAGGAGAUAUGAGCCCAGAGGGCAUCUAAGCAGGCUCUUCCCCGCCUCCCACUCCAAAAACUGAAAGUGCUUGAUGAAAUACAUCCCAAAAACUGCUUGUCAGAAUGUUGCCAGGGUUAGAAGGGUAAUCCCAAGGUACGAGAAAGAAUCAACUGCAAGCCAGAGCAGAAAGUGUCUAGCCCUACAAAGCUUCGAGAGAGACAAUUACCAGAGCAGCAUUAGUUAGGAUUGACUAAAUGCCUUAUCAUCUUCAUCUAAAAGAUGCCAGGAUUCCUUAUUCAGCAGAAUUUAAACAAAUGUACAUGUGCACAAAAGGCUGUCAACUUGGAAAUGAAGGAAUUUAUAUGUAAACACAAAUACCACCACCAUGAGGAAGAAACUGGACAAAUGUAAGAGGCUUUUGACACUUUGUGUCAAAAAAAAAAACCCAAAAAACUUUAACAUGUGUUAAAGACACAGCCUCUGUCACCUCAGGGGUCCCUCAGUGAGGAUACGGAGCCGAGCUCUGCUAAAUGGACAUGAUCAGAGCUAAGAAUUUUCCUAUUACGUGAAGUCUUCCAUGAUUUAUCUUCACAGCAACUGUUUUUCCCUCAGUAUUCUCUGUAGUCAUUCCCCUCCAAUCACAUGCACCCUCAAUCAUGUUUCAUUUUUGACUAAGUUAGUACAAUCUAGGGAGAGAAUGUGUGGAUGAUUCAGGACUUCCCAUGUGUUGUCUGAGCGAGGCCGUCCGCAGUGGGGUUUCCCAGCACUCCAUGUCUUACUAACUGGAAGACACCGUCAGUGUCUACAAUGAGAUUUCCUCCCGCUGUCAGCAUGGUGCAGGUGAGUACCAGGUAUAAUCGUGUUUAGAAACCAUUUCUUUCAACAACGGACUCAUACGGCAAAAUGCUUACACUGUAAGGUAGAGGAACUGGCCUCACAGACCAGCAGGUAGUCCUGCUUCCAGUUUUUUUUUUUUCCCUUUUGCUAGGCCCUUAGUUGAAGUCAGCCUACCUAAAUGCAUGUCAUGCAUGCAGUGAAUCACUUUGAUCUUCCUUACUAUCUACUUAAAGAUUAGGUAAGAGAGUAGCAGGCUAGAAACUGCCCUAUUUUCAGUGAAUAUCCCCCAAAAAACUAUAAAAUUAAAACAUGCACUGCAUUUGUGGUGGCCAUUAAUGGAGCACAAAACCCUCAAGCCAGCAUGUGAAGUGUCAACUGAAUUGUGUCCAUUCUUUAAUACAGUAAAACCUCAAUCAGAAUACCUUACAAAUGGGAUAUUCUGAUGCACUAAAUCUUGUGUUUAAUGAAAUGCUAAUCUGAAAACCCUGAAGUAGUUUGAAAUUUUUCAAAAACUUGAGUGUGUACCACACACCAGACAUUGUUCCAGACACUUGUGACACUUCAGUGAACACCGAUCUCUGCCCUCACUGCAUUCUAGUAAAGGCAGUGGAACAAUUAAUUAUAUGUUACAGGGAAAAAGAAAAGAAAAACUAAAACAAAACAGCAAGAAGAAGCAAGAUGUCAUGCUGCUUUUAAUUUUAAACAGUGGUCAGGACAGGCCUCACUGAUAAUGACGUUUGAACAAAAAGAUUUAGCCAUGAAGUUUUGUAGGAAAAAUGCACUGUAGGCAGAGAACAGCAGUAACAAAGGUCCUAAGGGCAGGACUAUGUGAGCUGUAUUGGGGAACGGCAGAGGGGGCCAGUGUGGAGAUGCAUGGAGUUGAGCAAGAAGGAAACUCAAAACUGAGUGAGGUGGGGUGCAGUGCAGGUGAGUCACGGCCCCACAGACCGGUAAGGCCUUUAACUCUGAUAGGUAAGGAGCCAUCUAAAUAGAAGACUUACUAGCCCUUUAAAGGCUCACUCUGACUGCUACGAGAAUAGACUAGAAUAGGUGAGGAAACAAAUGAGGCAAAACAAAGAGCAGUUAGGAAGGAGGUCACUGAAAUCAUCCGGACAAAGAAAGAAAAUACCUUAGAUGAGGGAAACAGAGACAGUGAGAUCUUAGAUAGAACCAAGAUUAGAUGAAGAACCCGAGGAAUUGAAGGCUGUUUUUUGGCUGAGAAACUAAAGGAAUAGAAAUGCCAUUAACUAAUUGAGGAAAGGUUUUAAGAGGCAAAAAUAGUUUGGUCUUGGGUGUAAGUUUCGAUACCUCUUAGAUCUUCACGUGGAAAUGUCACACAGGGAGGCAACUAUAUAGCCUGUCUUUAGGAUUAGUGAGAUAACCAAAGUGAGUAUGACCAGAGGAGGCAAGGAGCCCAAGGUUGAACUCCGAGCAUGUUUUAAAGUUCAGAAGACUAGACCAGCAGCACCAAAAAAAAAAAAGCAAUUAUGUAGAAGAACCAGAUAGACUGAGGAGCAGCAGCCAAUAAAGGGAGGAAAAUCUUGCAAGACAACUGAACAGUGUUUCAAGGUCUAAUGUUGAUUAGAUUUGGUGGUGUGGAAAAUAUUGGUGACUAAGUGGCUGGGUAGUGAAAACAAAGCCUGACAGGCAUCACCUGUCAGAUGAACGAUCAUGAGCCCUGGGAAAGCCAUACUUUGUGUGAUACAUCACAGAGACCACAGCACAUCUCAUGCUCUUGCACAAAAGGUUUAAGCUGAAACUAAUACACACUUUAGACCUAACUUCUAGUUUACAGGAAGUUCAAAGGGAUAGAAGAGUUACUAUAUCACAAAGAAACAUUCAGUAAGACAACAGGCCUAGCUGUUCCAGAAAGUCAGAAUCUUGUUUGAAUCCUGCUUUAGGGAGAAAAAAACCCGCAAGAGACAUUUUGGGGACAAAUGCGAUCUGAGUAUGGACUAAAUGAGGGAAGCGUUCCUUUAAGUGGGAUAAUGGUAUCGAAGUUGUGUAGAAGAACCACCUUAUUCUUAGGAGACACAUCAUGUGUACGUUCUUUGAAGCAGUUAAAAUAUAUAAAAAGCAAAUACAGCCACAUAAUUGUUCACUUUAAGUGGAUUGUUGGACUGUUCUUUCGGCUUUUCUGUUUUGAUUUUUCCCUAAUAAAACUUGGCAACAAAAUUAUGGGAGGAAGACGAAGUUUAGAAAAUUUUUAAGUUUUGCUUUAAAGGUUAUAGAACAGAAGAAUCGGGUAGUACAGAAGGAUUACUGGUUUAAAAGACGACGGCAUGUUCAUUAUGCUCAUGGGCAUGAUCUAGUAGAGAGAAAGAAAAUGGAUGCAGGCGAGGGCUGCUGGCACUGUGUUCAAGUGAGACGAGGUUCGGAGCUAAUGCUCCUUACCCAGGGCAAGUGCAGGAGCAGAGAACUGCUGGAGCCGUAUCUGAGGAGACAGGGACAGGCUUGUUAGGUGCUUUAGCAGAAUAUUUACUUACAAAUACCAAGUACUGUAUAAUUUUGAAAUAAGGGAGUCAAGAGAACUCAGAUAAGGCAACUACAGUCAAUUCAAACCCUAGCAGUUUGGACCAGCUGGGGAGCAUACUAAACAGACUCCAGCAGCCUUCCCUCCCGUCUUCUGAAGCAGUCUCUUGGGGUAGAACCUGGGGAAGUGCUCCAGUUAAUACUGCUGAUGCAAUAAAUGUCUCGUUUGGAACCCGUUUUCUUUAGGGAUGUAAGUCCUUGCCAAAGGCCAAAGAUAGCUUUAGUGUUUUAAACCCUCUCUUUUUCCAGAUUGCCUGUGUCUGUUUUAACAGAGAAUCACACCUAGUGAUGCUCUUGUUAAUAGUGAUUUACUGAACACAUUACAGUAACCGAGGCACAGCACUACACCCGCACUGCUUUUUACUAUAAAAAGAGUAAGAUGACUGUUAGCACUAAAUUCUGUAGGUGCUUACUGGAAGCAAUUUCAGGGAUCUUUGGGAGCUCAAAGUGUGGCUGGUAUUUGGACUAAUCACCACCUACUGGGUCCAUCUGAUUACAACUAAUUUCAAGAAGUUGCCCACACUUUUUACCUUCUGAAACUACCUCACACAUUAUUUGAAGUCAGUAAGCAGCAGAUCAGCUAGGACAUCUUUUGGGUAAGGUGAUAUGCAUAAAUUUGGCUGUGGGGGAAAUUUUAUUGAUCAAAGUGAAGUCCAGAAUUUAUUAACUAAAACAUUUAUUACUUGUGGCUUCAUUCCUAUUGCCAGCACUGAUUUUCCUUUUCUCUUGCCCUCCAGGUAUAAAAACCGCUCUUUUAUAAACUUAAAUCUACAUGAAAAUUCACACACGCUUAUUACUUAAAAGAAUGUUCAACAUUUUAGGGUUUAAGAAGAGAGAACAAUUUGCAUUCACUCUACCCCUACUCCUCCACAUUUUAACGUACUGCUUGCAUUCUAAAACGCUAGCCCACCCUACCAGUGGUUCUUGGCUGGGGACUGUUUCCUUCCCCGACCCCAGACACUUGACAGUAUCUAGAGGCACAUUUUUGGUUGUCAUCACUGGGGGAGAUGCUACUGGCAUCUAGUGGUAGAGGCCAGAGAUGCUGCUAAACAGCCUAUAGUGCACACGACAGCCUUGGCCCAAACUGUCAGUAAUGCUGAGGUUGUCUGUAUUGUCCAUUAAAACCGGGCAGAAUUACAUCCACUUUGUUUGUGGCCACCCUGCACUAUCCCUGUGUCUAAAACACUUAAUGGGCACAUGAAUUACCUGAGGCUCUUGUGAAAGCCCUAUACCACCUCUUGGCCUUGUUUCAGACAAAGAAUUGGUGAAAUAUAAUCACCACAGUUAAAAAGGGGGGGUGGAGAAUCCUUUUUCUGUCUUCCACUAAUUAGGUCAAUUAUAAAUGUUCCAGUGUAUUUAUAACUUAAUUAUGCCAAAGUGGUUUUUGCUCGCUUCAUUAUAGAAAAGCUGUGUUUGGAAAGAAAGCGUGUGUGGAGAGGAGUUAAAUGUACUGAAUCAUGCUUUCAUAUAUUGUCUUAAAAAAAUAACAAAACCUGGAUUCUACUGGUUGAGGCAAAAACUCUAUAGCUAUUUAAAACUGACUUAUUAUUUAACAUCCUAUCAUGCAGUCAGUCAGAAGAGAAACAAUUUGGAGUUAGAACUCAGUUUUUGAAAAUAGCACUCAAAUCUUAGGUUAUUUGGUAUGUUAAAAGACUGAUUUUGAAAUCUUAUCAGAAAAUUAACUUCAGUGAUUCCUGGAAGAUGCUUCAAAUCUUAGGUUAUUUGGUAUGUUAAAAGACUGAUUUUGAAAUCUUAUCAGAAAAUUAACUUCAGUGAUUCCUGGAAGAUGCUUACAUUUAAAACACUGGCUUUAUUCAAAUACUACCCACCUGUACAUUAAAAACAAGCAGAUUAGAAGUAAAUGUUUUAUUCUUCCAACUAAAUUCCAGUACUACAAGGGCAGUAAAACAAUGAUACACUGGGGGAAAAAAUGCAGCAAUAAACACUUGUUAAAAAGACUGAUAGAAUAAAUAAAAACUACCAAAAAAAAAAAAAAAAAAAAAAAAAAAAAAAAAAAGGAAA